AAUGUCAGAUGAUGAUAGUGUAUAUUUGUCAUAAAAUGAAAUUUCUUUCUAAAAUCAUAAUGAAAUUUCAAAAAGUAGUUACUAGAGAUUAAAAGAUUUAAUCCCACCUAAUGAAAAAGUGUAAAGAUUGAAGAGAAAUUAUAAAUCAAAAUUUUGGAAUGAAAAGAACACUGAAUUAUUAUAUCGUUUAAAUGCUGUGUUCUCUGGAAGCAUUGAUAUGAUUUAUAAUUAUUUCAAAAAACAUGUCGAUAUCAAUAUUACAUUGAAAAAGAUAAAAUAAAAGUUCAAAUAAGAAUAGAGAAAUAAUCCUUAAAAAUUAUUUGAUAAAUGUAAGAAGCCUAAAUUAAAAGAAAAAUUAUAAUAAAAAUUAGAAUAGGUGGCUAAAAUGCAAUCCUUAAAUUUAGUAGUUAGAUGGAGCCAAGUAUCAGAGAUUGAUGAAAAAUAAAUCUAAGGAGAAAACUAAUAGGAUACUGAAAUCUAAUAACAUUUAUUUAAUGAGAUAAAUGAUUUGUUAAAAACAAAUAGAUUAAGAUAAACUUAAUAAAAAAGUCAAUAAUUAUGA